AGAGGAGAAGCUUAUGCACAGGGGACCAGAGAAGUCACUACUGACAGAGAGAAGAGGGUGCAAGAGGGGAAGAAUGUUUUCUCAGAAGCAUAGCUUUACCUUGGAAACGUAUGGAGGGUUAUCUGAUGAGGCAGAGCACUGCAUUAGUGACUUAAUAGAGUCGCCCAUCCAGGACCCUCAGACUGCCCUUAACCCAGCAGUUCAAAAUAAGGCAGUGGACUUAUUUGAAAUGAUUGAAAAAAUGCAGAAAAGUCGUUUGGAUGAGCAAAGGUGUUCACUUCCAGCUCCACUCAAGAGAGAAGAGGAGUACAUCCCAUACCCCAGUAUCCAUGAGAUAUUACGGAGGGGAUGGCCUUACCCCCUUAUUAUUUUACCCCAGUUUGGGGGCUACUGGAUCGAAGGGACUUCUCACAGCCUGCCCAUCUCAGGCCCAGAACUGCAGGACUUGCCCUCCCCUUGCAGUGGCAAAGUGAAGCUGGAGUGCGACCCGACAGCCAAGCUCUACCGGAAGCACUUCUUGGGAAAGGAACAUCAGAACUUUUAUGCCAACGAUGUGGCUCUUGGCUACUUGGUCCUUUCUGUGAAGUAUGAACAAGUUGAAAAGCAAGACAACCUCCGCCUGUUGUUGAGGGGUCGAAGCAGUACCAAGCAUGACGUGAUCCCUAUUUCCUGCCUGAAUGAGUUCCCCAAUGCUGUCCAAAUGUCAAAGCUGUUGUGUGAAGAUGUGAAUGUUGACCGCUUCUUCCCUGUGCUGUAUCCCAAGGCUUCCCAGCUCAUUGUUGCAUUUGAUGAACAUGUCAUCAGCAAUAACUUCAAGUUUGGAGUCAUCUACCAGAAGACUGGACAGACCACAGAAGAAGAAGUCUUCAGUAAUACAGAGGAGAGCUUGGGCUUCUUAGAGUUUUUAGAUCUCCUUGGAGACAGGAUUCAGUUGCAGGAUUUCCGAGGAUUCCGGGGUGGCUUAGAUGUUACAAGAGGUCAAACAGGAACUGAGUCUAUCUAUACAAACUUCCGGGGCAAGGAGAUUAUGUUCCAUGUUUCAACAAUGUUGCCCUUCACAGAAGGAGAUGCCCAACAGCUCCCGCGGACCCACAUUGGGAAUGAUAUUGUAGCCAUUGUCUUCCAGAUGAAAUACUCCCUUCGUCCCCCUGACAUGAUUGCAUCAAACUUCCUGCAUGCCUAUGUGGUAGUACAGCUCCAUCACAAUGCCGUUGAAACUCUGUACAAGGUUUCUGUUACUGCCCGUGAUGAUGUUCCCUUCUUUGGGCCUCCUCUUCCAAAUCCAGCCAUAUUCAAAAAGGGCACAGAAUUCCGUGAAUUUCUUCUGGCAAAGCUUAUAAAUGCAGAGUACAGCUGCUAUCAUGCUGAGAAAUUUGCUAAGUUGGAGGAACGGACCCGCAGUGCCCUCUUGGAGAGCCUUUAUGAGGAACUGCAGAUCCGUAGCCGCAGCAUGAUGGGCUUGGCCUCUGGCGAGGAUGACAAAAUAGAAAAUGGGGGUGGAGGCUUCUUUGAGAAUUUCAAGCGAGUGAUCCGGGGCCGUAGCCAGAGCCUUGAUACCAUGGGUAGCCAUGAGGAAACAACAACACCAGCAACCCACGCUACACCCAAUCGCCCAUCUACUGCUGGUCUUGCCCUCAACCAGAGUGUUGCCGAGGGCACUAAAGCUAUUGCUGCGUCCUUUGCCCUACCUGGGAGAAGCCCUUCACGCAACAGAGGCAGCCGCUACAAUGGGCGACGUAGUAGUGCCAUUGGCAUUGAGAACAUCCAAGAAGAGAAGAGCAAAGAAAUUGCUGAAAGAAUACCAAAGGUACCAGAAAGUCCAGGACCCUUCUUUGAUCUCAAAUCUGAUGGCUCUUCCAGUCCCAGCUCCCCAGAUUUCAAAGCCCUGUCCAGUCAGACAUCAGGGUACUGUGUGAUGCAGCCCCUGUCCCGUUCCUCAUCCAAUGGAAGCAGCUGUUGUAGCGGAGUGAGAGAGCAUGAGACGUCCGAGGAGGAGGAGAAUGAGGCGGAGUUGAUGUGUUCCCUUGAAGGUCCCCAGAAGCAGGACUCUCUGGUUCAGAGUGCAUGGUUAGAUGAUAGUGUCUGUACACCCAGCAGUACCAGCUCACCAGUAACUCAGCUGCUCCCUUCUAGCAAUGCGUCAGGCUCCAUGGAGAAGGGAAAGGGCAGCAAAGUGGACGCUCAACGUUAUAGUCCAGCUUCCAUUUUGUGCUGUGUGUGAUGUCAUCGCUGGAGGGGGUCUCAAUGCAUGCUGGGUAUUUCACAGGACUUGCUGCUGAAGUAAGACCUCACAGUAAUUCACCCUGAAGUUUGGAGAUUUUGCUGGAUUACCAGAAAUGUCUAAUCUGAUCCGGACCUUCCGCUUCAUUCAAUGAAAGCUUCACCACAGACAGUAAGGAAGCCAACCACACAGUCCCAAUGUGGCAUUUGCUCAUCCAUAUGUGUCAUUCCAGUUUGACAAUCUCAGGAGGGCAGAACCAACUUAAGUCUAUAGAGGAAGUCUCCCAUCUACCAUAAUUCCAGAAGCAAACGAGGGGAGUGCUUUUUUCUGUUUGUUCCUAUCACCGCUAAAAUUAAGCAUUCAAGAUGCACUUGGAAGGACCUGGCGUGUCCCACAGGGCCUUCUCAAGAAGGCAGCAUUCUGCACCUGUUCUUCAUUGUGCUGGCCUCAAAAAUUUAGGAGCAAAAAAUGGUUCCAACAUAUUAAAGGAUUACACCUAGUUUGUAAGCAGCAAAUGAGUUGUGUAUUAUGCAACACAGGUAGGACACAUUUGUACCAAAGUACACAAGUGUGAUAAGGGGAGGGGCUUGUAUUUGUUUCACAACUCAGGGGAUGUUCAAGGUCUUUGUUUGGCAUUUCAUGAAACCACCAUCACUUUUCCCAAGUGUCUGUGCCAUCAAGAACAUGUAAAUGUGUGACCCCUGUGCUCCAUGCUUGUUGUGUCUGUGGUGUCUUGGGCUUGCAAUAAAAGUUUACUAUGACAAAUA